GGGUACUCUCAGUCAUUUAAAUUUUUAACCAGACAACCCUAUUAUUUAAAUAAUUUAGCACAUCCCCAUCAACUGUUCGCCUAACCGACACAACGCGUAAAUUUCAAGUACAUUUUAUAUCUAAGUUUUCCACGAUUUUUUUUCUCUCUUCAAUUUGAUAUAUUUCGCUGGUUCAUCUGAACAGAUUUCCACGAGAAAGGAUAACUAAAGCCACAAAUUAUUGGUAAGGAUAAAUAAUGUCAUAGGUAGUUUGUGGUAUACUUCUACAUACUGUGUGCAUACUGUCGAAGUUUUUAAAACCUUUUCUAUCUUCGACCAACAAACGCCAUACCCCAAAAUUUCAAUUUUUUCUGCUUAACUUUAGCAUUUUACCCAGCAUAUGUACAUCAGAAGUAUAGAAAGAAUACAAUUUAUAUUGUGAAAUUUCCACACGCAAAUUGUUUUCAAAUAGCUGGUAAAAAUCUGCAUCACGCUUUGAAAACCCUGCAGCAACGGUUAUAGCCUCGAGUUAAAAACGAGCUAAACAAAAGGCAAGAGAUUUGUUACUUGAAUACUUUUUACAGUGAAUUGCAUACAACCACCACUUAGCUGUACACUUCAUUUAGUUCAGGAGCGAGUUAGAAAAUUUCACAUCAUGCCAGUUAAUAUUUCAUUUCCUCGGCACUGCACUUGUUUUAAAUUCAAAUAGAAUUGAUCAAGCUAGAAAGGGACCUUAUGCAUGAAUACGUCAGACGAACAAACUUCACCGCCAAGCCUCAUUUCGAAGAUCUUAAUUUUCGAAGUUUUACAUAAAUGAAUUCCCACAAUAGUUACUGUGAAAAAAACUCUCGUUCAAAAAGAGCGCAAAUGCAAAGAAUUAUGUUAACGCAUACAUGUAAGAGCCAUUAAAUAUCUUCUCUUCCGUGUUGAAGUCCCAGUGGAUUAAUCUCCUACAAGCAAAUUCAAACCCCCAACAAACAAUCAGCCCAUGUAAGAUUUUGCUAUUACAGUAUUUUGAAAACAUUGACACUUUAAUAUAGAGCCGAUGUAUUAUCAAUAUAUAUUCAUGUGCUCUACAAUAUAAUGAGAAACAUGCUCAUGUUCUAAGCAGUUAGUUUUUAUGUUCAACUCAGCUUGGUAGCGGUUCCCACUGAUUGAAUUUACAGAACUUUCGUCUAACAGUUCCUUUAAGGGCUGAAACUCCCCCAAACAGCUUAGCAAGAAACACAACGAAAUCUACAACUUGAGCACCAAGAAAGCGAACACUCCUACGCUCCUAGUUUCGACAAUUACAAAUGUACAUUGUUUGUUACAGGAAAAAUAUUCUUCCACACCAACAAUUUACAUAAAUUUCGUCUAACAGCUCCUUUAAGGGCUGAAACUCCCCCAAACAGCUUGGCAAGAAACACAACGAAAUCUACCGAUUGAGCAGCAAGAAAGCGAACACUCCUACGCCCCAAGUUUCGAUAAUUACAAAUGCACAUUGUUUGUUACAGAAUAAAAUAUUCUUCCACACCAACAAUUUGUUGAAAGUUUAGCAGAGCUUUCGGAAUCCAUCCGGAUCCCUCCAUCAGUGAUGGCGUAGGCUGUUAUUCGCAGCCUUGUUUUGAUGAACAUUGUUUGUUGUUUGUUUGCUUUGUUUUUUCGCACCCACGGGUAUAAUGUGCUCUGUUUCGUCAUUGACGUGGACAUUAUACAAUUGAACAGUUUUAAACCAAAACACAAGCGCGUAAAGCAGUUUAUGCAAACGUCUACCGUAAAAUGCCACAACCGUGAAUUUCCUGUCCGACUAUUUGAAUGUCGUCUAUAUUUGUUCAGCCUAAGCCUCAUUCACACGGCACCGAACGAAUUUUCCACCGGAUGAAAAGCUUGACCGUACAGUUCGUUCACGCGGAAGAGUUUAGUAUUAAAUUCCGCUCUGUUCACACGGAACUGAUGAACCAGGUUGAAUUUAAACCAUCUGCCCAUGCGCAGACCGCUACUUUAACAAUCCAAAAUGGCGUCUCUCAGCUGAGUUACCACACAUCCAUGCGACAGCGCCUUUGCCGUACAAAAAUUUAGACCGUAUAAUUGGCCGCGCCAAUCGAAUUUUCGACGGUACCGGCCAACAUUUUACCUCGAUUAUAGUGUUCAAAUUUUUGCACAGUUAACGUGGUUUCUUGUAAACGGAACAUCUAAACCCACGAAUUUUCGACCGGCGAAAAUUUGUCGAGUACCGUGUGAAUGUACCUUUAGAUGCCGUAACAGAUGUCCACACGACAAUUGAACGAUAACGGUAUUUUUCUCUUUACGACCGUUCAAGUGUGGAUGGAAAAAUCUGAAAGAGGCUCGUGUUGGCACUCCUAAUACAAGGUGUCAGUUACAGUACGUCUUGUUUUCCUUCUCUUUGUGCUCAAAAAAAGAAAUAAAGCGGAUUAGAUUAAAUCUGAAACGAUUUCGCAAAGUUCAAUCAAACAUUCACUAUCACAUUAAGCAAAAAAGGCCUUUAAGAGGAGUUAAAUAGCUGUUGAAACUUGUUUUCCUGGUUUUUAAUGAACAAAAUUUUUAAUUUAUCUAGGAAGACAAAAUAUACUGUUGUAGAUAGCCAAAAUUGUGUUUCAUUACGUACUUCCAUGAAGAAAAAAAAUACGCAUAUUAAUGACACACGCACGGCGUAAUCGAUAUCCUAAGAUUUUGGAGAAGCUUAAAAUUGUUCAUGGGUUGCUUGUUAGCUCACUUCUAUAGAUUGACUCUUGAAGUUAACAUAUCUCCAUUAGAACUGUUUUUAUUUAUAUGUGAUCAGUUUGCAUGAGUUCGUGUGAGCUCGCAGCAGGCAGACAUAAACAAGAUAUAAAUUCGGCGUCAUGAACUUAUCACAUUUCACAAACACCGUAACACUGAGCUAUUAGCAUAAACAGGUUUUUAUCGAAUACGUCGUUAUUGCCCUCGACUGAGAAUAAGAGGAGCUUAGCAAACGGAGUGAUCCGUCGCCACUUCAGACUAAAAUGAGAAAGGAUGUCGGAAGUGCUUGCAAUUGUUCUGUCGACACUGUGAGUUCCAAAAAUUAAUUGGUAAGAAUAUAAACUAAAUCCAUUCCUAUCCACUUAAAUUCCAAAUAUCUUUCAACUAAACUGAAACAUUCCUCCAGCACAAUAUCCAAAUAGUGACGGAGAACAAUUUACACGUGAUAAAGCUUUGUUUUUUAUGGCGCGCUGAAAAACGAAGCAAAAAUACCACAUGCUUGUCCCACGUUGGCGAGCUAUGCGUGCAUAUUUUAUGACAACAGAGUUCGCUACCGCAAAUUUAUUUUGGUUAUAUCUUAAAGAUAGAUCAACGUAAAACCAAAGAUAAUUAGAUUCGUCAGUGUUCCAUUUGAACCCAUGUAUAGCCUACAUGCAGUAGACAAUUUCGUAUUUAUUUCGCAAAUUUUGUGGUAAGAACCGUCGUCUAAAUAGUUCAUUUACAUCUUCAAGAAAACUUCACUGAAUAUUAUUAAUUAAAUGGAAAGGUUGUUCUUGUUCAAUUUAAUAUAACAGGUGUAGUGGCAAGGUUUGAGACUUUGUGAAACCAGAGGUACAAGUUUGUGAUGGACUUAAAAUGUUCGCUCUUCUGUUAAUCCUUUCACUCAAUCGUGCCCGGAACUAAAACCAUUAUUCAUUCUGGCGAGGGCCAAGGAAUCGAAAUUUCAGCUUUUGAAUCUUAUUACGGAGGCAAAUUUACGGCAAAAAAACCUAAUUCUUAAGUCAUCAGUCUAAGUCUCUCUAUAUGAAUUAUUAACGACUUUUCGAAAACAAAUUAAACUUCAUUUACCUUAAGCCAAAUAUUCGGGCUUUUAACCAACCGCAUAUUACAGGUAACUUGUAAAAAGACCUUGUAGUCGACGGGACAACGUAAAAGACUUCUGUACACCAUUACCGGCGUAAACUCAACAGAGUUGAUUUUGUUUGUUUGUUUAUUUGUUUGUUUCUUGUUUUAUUUUGUUUUGUCAUACAAUUUACGUGUUAAUCUACUAGAGAGCUCAUUUGGGAUUAGAAUCUCUCAGUGACCUUGCAGACUGCAAUUUAGAAGUGACCACUCGAAUAUGUUGCCGGUUUUCACGUGUGACGUCAUCAAAAAUCAAACAAGAAAAUUAUUAAUGCUACUGCCUUUUAACUUUCAUGACUUAUUAGAGCAGCUAAGUACUUACGUUUUCACAAAUUUUCAGUUCGAGUGGAUUGAUUUCUAAUCCUUUGCGUGACGAGGUAUUUAGAUGACCACCGAGAAAGCUGUCACGAAGUUUUAAAAACGUACUUGUCUUUUGCGAUUUUGUUAUAUGAACGUCCUUGCAUUAGAAUAAGUGUUACUUUAAUGUGUAAAAAGUGUUUGAGAGAUUGAUUCACCCUUUCGUACAGAAACUCGAUAACAGAUGUUUUGUUGGUUUCCGGCCACCAUAUUGGUGUCCAUCACAGAGACCCCAACAUGGUGUCUGCGUAGAAAAGGAUGCAUUAUCACGUCAUCUUAGUGGAAUACUACGUUAAAGCAUUCAUCUAGACAAGGGCCCGCAGGCGGCAACAAAUAAACGUACUUGGUUUUCAACCAAUCAGAAUCAAGGACAUUCCGGAAGUUUAAUGUUAUGUCUGCAACUGAACUAGCUAAAGAACUCGCUAAUAUUCACCAUUUUCACUUAGACCAUUAUGCAGUGUGUUUACCACCCAAAUUUUGCAAAAUCAUUUUUUCCAAUUUGUCCUGGGUAUUACAGUCGCCCCAUGCCAGGAAAAACCGAAGACACUGGUUAUACAAAAUUUUGGGGGGUGAACAUGGUGCAUUGUAGUCUAUGUGAAAAUGGUGAACUGUUAGUGAUCCUUGAUGAUAUAUAUCUUCUUCAUAACGUAUAAUUGAAUAAAUUUGCAUUUGGAACCCCAUGACUACCGGAUUUAUUAAGUAAACAUUGAUUUACGUCAUCAGUAUGGAAUUUCUGCCGCUGAGUCGCAGACGUUCCUCCACGCGAGACGUCCCUCAGCGGCGAUGAACGAGGAGAAACGUCUGCCUUUCGCAGGCUAUAAUACAACACUUAAGCACAGAAUUGACCUACAAUAUCCAGCAAUAUCCCCGUGAGAUAACCCCCUUUAACGCCAAGUAAAAUAUUAUCGUAGUGUUAGAGGAACAAUCUUUAGGUGUGCGGGAGUGUGCGCGUUCUCUUUUUUAACAGAAAUAGGUUAUUGUUAUCAAUUGCGUUGAUUAAAAUUUUUUAAUGUUUUCUCGGGCGGCUUCCAGUUCAAUGAAGGCAGCUGCUGAUUCGAUUGGACAAGAAAACUGAUAACAAACCUUUAGCUUGCCAAUCACUUUCAGGCGACUAAUUAAUUUUUCUAUAUUUAUUCAUAAUAAAUGGUCACGCUUGCUAGUUCACGGCCUUCUUGAUGUUGACUCACAUUUAAGUGAACUUCCUACUCCAAGAACGGUCAAAUUCGAACUCUAAUUCAAAUUCGAAAAUGCUAUGACUCUGAUGAGUAAAUGUGUUAAUCUUGUCUUUCUUCUUGUAAUAAAGGAGAAGCCUCCAACAGGCAGUUUUAAUGAAUGCGAGUGAAACCAUUUCUACAACCUUUAUGUGAACUGCCACCGUAACCAAUCAAAAAGAGAGUAUUUCGCGCUGGUAAAUAUCACCAUCUGGUUGGCUUGACUCUGUAUAAAUAUCGGAUCGGUUUAAUGCAGUUUUUGCAUUUGACGUUAUGGAACAAAUACGAUGAAUCACCCUUUCUAAAUUUUAUUUUGCGCCGCGCAAUGAUCAGUUUAAAAUAUUACGAUGCUUAUAAGCUAAAAGAAUGUUUAAAAUUUCCUUGUCUAACUUGUGUGAUCUAGGUAAGAAGUCUUUCGCGCCUUGAUGAAAACCAGACAACGACUCGAGAUAAUCCCGCGCGUGGUUGAUACGACCCAGCGAAGAAUUAUUCUGAACGUUGGAGGCCGAAAACAUGAGACGUAUCUAAGUACGGUGCGAAAUUACCCUGAUACGAGGCUCUAUUGGGUCGUCGAGAACGUCACAAAAGCCAUCGACUACGACUCUGAAAAAAUCGAGCUAUUUUUCGAUCGUCAUCCUGGAAUAUUCGAGCAGGUUUUAAAUUACUAUCGGACUGGCAAGCUGCACUGCCCUCACGAUGUUUGCGGACCUCUGUUUGAAGAAGAGCUUGCGUACUGGGGAAUCGACGAGAAAGAGAUGGAACAUUGCUGCUGGACCUCGUACACCCAGCAUCGUGACGCCGAACAGAAUUUAAAGAGUUUUAAUGUGCACGAAAGCGACCAAGAUCAGGACACAGACUUGGAGAACGACAGGUUAGAUCCCACACCGGCAAGAGACUGCGGAAGGUUCACUUGGUGGACACAAUAUCAACCUAAAAUAUGGCCUAUCCUUGAGGAGCCCCACUCUUCCAAAGCAGCCAAGGUGAGACCAGAAAUUUUGCGCUUACUCGUUUUUCACAGCUCACAUAAUUUCUGCUAUUGUUUCGAAAGACCUUUUUGGGAUAUUGUUUAUUUAGGAGUAAGCUAUAUUGAAACUAAUUUUCUACACUCGGAUCCGUUAUAAGGAAUCGAAGUAGACUAACAACUUGACUUGACGUAAGCAAGUCCGCGAAAUCGUUUCUCGAGUUUUGUAAAGGUUCGUGAAGCUCAUGAUACAAGAUCGCGUUUUGAGUGUGGUUGCUAAAAAUUGGUAACAAUCAAUACUGCAACAGCUGUUUCACAGUAUAAUAAUUAAAGAAAUUGUCUCUAUUGUCUGCCGUAAAAAAAACUGCAUAACCUCUUCAUAUUGUUUCUGGUUAUGUUAAAUGCAGGAGAAUUUGGAUAAAAUUGCUAAAACGUAACUCAUCGAUUUUGUCCACUGGAACAACACCACCAAUAAACAAACUCGCUAAAACUACACACUUCAGAUGUAAAUUAGCUGCACUGCUAAUAGAAUAUUUUUUUUUAAGGAAGCAAAUAAUUGCUUUUCCAAGCACUAGAGAGCUUGCCGUGUUCCACCUGUUAUGAAGCGCUUUUUUCGCAGAAGGGAUAUUCGUGUUUCGGCCACAGGAGAAACAAGCUUGUUCUACGGGCAAAAACCGCAUGUCGCCAAUCAAUGCAGUGUAUCAAAAGAACAAGACAAUCGUUUAUUCAAACAAGUUCUGGUCCGUUCCUGCUGUGUUUUUGGACAGAUAUCCUCGAUCACAGCCCAGUAUGAAUAGAAAAUUGCUUUUUGAACAUGGAAACACAUGUAUCUUUUCCAAGGUUCUCUUUAACACGCGCGGUUGUUAAAGAAUGAUAAAUAAAAAAGGUGUGUGACUCUUUAUAAUGAUUGCAUGUCUCUGACAUUUUUCACAGACGUAAUCUGCAAAACUACGAAACUUUGACAACUUUUUCGGCGUAUGACAUAGACGGCUGUAAUUUAUCUGGAGAAAAGAUUCGAAAACAAGGUCAUUAAAAUCAUACUCAGGCUCGGGAAUUUAAAAGUUUCGGUGCCAUAGGUAAUGCCUAUGAAAAAAAGGAGCCGAUUUCAACAGUCGUCAAAAAAUUAAACAAAAGGCUUUUUGCGUCAAAUUCGGAAUCACAGAUAAACUAAAACAAACCGAUGUCACUAAAUUAAAACACGAAGUUUCGGCUUACGCCUUGUUGGAGUAACCCGAAGAAAUUUUAAGCCGAUUAACUAUGAUGUAAAGCCAUUAGGACAAGACGACGAUUCACCUUGGCCCAUUAGGAAUAACAAUCUUUACGUUCUAAGGCUAAUGUUGGUUCUUUAUUCAACACAUCCACAGGCAAGUAAUUAAUACAUAAACGUCUCUUUUUAAUAAAGGUCUGACUGCUGAAUUAAAUGAACAUUGGCGCAUAUCAUCUAAAUUAGAUCGUCUGUGAAACUCUUGUUUUUCUUCGAGAAAAAGCAAAACAGCGCCAUUUGAAAGUAUUACGAUGCUAAAGUGACACGGAACGAUCAAUAUACCUAUAGACGAAAAAAUUAAUACAUUUAUCGAGGUUUCGGGAUGUACCUUUUAGCACCGAUAAGCUACGGACGACUUUUGGUUUUAUUGGUAUGUAAAUCACCCGAAAACGAAGGUAGCAUUUAAGGAUUAGUUUGUUUGGUGAAAAGACAGGCUCUCAAGUAAUUACAAAUAAAAUUCAUAAACAAGAUUCUAAUGAGAAACCCAAAACCGCAGGCGGUGUGUAUUACAACAAAAAGGUUUUCAUUUUCAAUGAUAACAGGAAGCUUUCAAAUCCAGUUUGACUGUUCAAGAAGAUGAUCAACGUAUCAACACUUCCCUCUAUGAAAAAAUAUAUCUCUGAACGAAGUUGAUUGAAAUGCUUUGAUGAAAGACAUGUCAAAUCUUGAUGAAACUUGACUAUUCAAAUUGUUAAGGCACUGAAAUGGAAGAUAAGUCAGCUUAAACGAUAUAGACCACAGCUAAUUCAUUUUAAUUUCUUUUUUCUUUUUUUUUUUCUGUCAUUUAACCUGGGUCUAAACAUUAAAAUUAAAUGGCAUUUUAUCUCCCUUAUGCUGUGGAGCGACCAUUAACUCUGAAUUCACCGCCAACGUAAAAGGUCGCGAUUCGCGAUUAUCAUUUGAGCGUCGGGAUUCAGGAUGUUAAAGGACUGAAAACAUCUCCAAUUCUGCGCUCUUUUCUCCGAGUAUAACUAUCAGAGGAAACACACCUUGAGUUGGACGUCAUCUUUUUUUAACUGAACAUGUUACAUUAAGGCGCUCGAUAAUAUCUUCAAAGUUAAUACUACAACAAAACUUAUUGUUAAAUCGCGAAUUUGCUUUUAUUACCCUCAUUCGUGUCCAAAAUUCGUUCCCGCGUUUAUUUUUUACAGAUAUUUUCAAUAAUCUCUGUGGCGCUGAUCAUGUUAUCCGUGUCUAUUUUCACAGAUAUUUUCCAUAAUCUCUGUGGCGCUGAUCAUGUUAUCCGUGUCUAUUUUUACAGAUACUUUCCAUCAUCUCUGUGGCGCUGAUCAUGUUAUCCGUGUCUAUUUUUACAGAUAUUUUCCAUCAUCUCUGUGGCACUGAUCAUGUUAUCUGUGGGCACAUCGUGCGCGUUGACUCUUCCCCAGUUCUCCAAGAAAUCCAGAGUUAACAAAGGGUCGGCGGCGCCGGAAAAAAACCCGACGAUUGACACUAUCUUCACGGUCAUCGAUUACUUCUGCGGUAUUUGGUUCACAUGUGAAUUGCUCAUGCGCAUUACCUUUUGUCCCAGAAGACGUAUCUUUAUCCGACAAGUAACAAACUGGAUCGAUAUCCUGUCGGUCAUUCCGUUCUAUCUUCGGCUCAUUGAUCCCGAUGGUGGUCCUUUGGCGGACGCACUUCUUGUGAUUCGCCUUCUUCGGCUCUUCCGCUUCUUUCGCUUGCUGUAUGGUCUUCAAAUUAUAUUACACACACUAAAAGCGAGCUCGUACGAGUUAGGACUACUGCUGUUGAUUCUCUUGAUCCCGGUUGUUUUGUUCUCGUCAAUUAUUUACUACACCGAGCGAACUUUUGAUGGCGAUGGCACGGAAUUUCGUUCAAUCCCAGAAUCCUUUUGGUGGUCGCUUAUUACCAUGACUACUGUUGGUUACGGUGACAUAGUUCCCAAAACGUGGAUAGGAAAGAUCAUUGGAGGUGCAUGCGCGAUAUGCGGUCUUCUUGUCGUAGCUCUCCCGAUUUCCAUAAUUGGAAGUAACUUCAAUCUCUACUACGCACAUGCGCAAGCAAGACUUAAACUUCCAAAGAAGAGAAACAGGGUGUUGCUAAGUUCAAUUACUUCCGAUUUUUCCAGUGGCAGAGCGUCCUCCGGUCCAAGGCGCCGAGGAUUACGAAUGCGUAGUCACGUGGCGCUUGAGGCAGGAGACGACGAAAACAUAAUGCCUGGAAUGUCUAACGGCCGUUCAUAUCGGCUGAACAGUUUUCCAAGGCAGAAUUCGUACGAAGCGAAAUCGAGAACAGGGAGUCUUCCCACAAGCAACGGUCAAACGAGUGAUCCAAAAACCUCGCCCACGAGUUCCUGGUCCAACAGGGAGCGUAAAUAUAGCCGUAACGAAAGGAUUCUCCCUAAACUUGGAGAUCUUCCAGAAAAGGAUGAAUCGGAAGAAAACGAAAAUGUGGAGGAGAAUCAGGGAUCAGAUUUUAAACCGGGUUUAGGAAUUAAAAAGAACUCACGAAACAGUUUGAACGUGCCUGGGGUAACGCAUGGAACCCAGGCAGACAGACUGCCGCUAUGGAUAGCGGAAAGCAGCAAAACUCCCCGCGUACGUUCAUUUAGUGUGCCUUCUAAUACGCACAGGACGAUCUCCGGGCCGCCGCCCAGAAAAACGCAAUCACAGGGCUCGGAUUUUUGUAAGCGAUGCUCUUUGCCAAAAGAUGAGAGCUCGAACAGUUCUUCUGGAGAAGUGUGUUGUUGCUCAGAGAAACGAGGUAUUUCACUGCAUGGAAGUAAUACUUCAACCUACACUAUAUUCAUUCCUGGUACUGACGAAGGAGUACAAGUUAGUAUGGAAAGCAUACCUUCCUGGAGUCGACAAUUUUCCUGCAACGGAACUUCCCAAUCGCCAGUUCAACUCGAUGUUGUGCCUUGCUUUGACAGGCCGUUACCUGACGAGGACAGUGACACAGAAAAUCAGGAAGAACAAGAUGAACAAGAAACACUUGUCAGUGAAUUAGCGAGUGAGGAUAAUAACAGCAGACGUGAAAUUAACGAAAAAACAAAAGGCUCUACAAAAGGAAUACCCUUAUUAUACAUGCCUAAGGGGAAAGCUCAAGAUAAAAUUUCGGACAAAGAAACGCCAAUAUAACGUCAAGUGUUCCAAACGAAAAAAACAGUGUUGCGUAGACUCGAUUUGUUGUCUGGACGUAUUAUUGCAUGAUAUAAUUUUUUUUCUAGUCAACACCAAACCAGUACUAAUGCGUAGACUUGGUCAUUAAAGAAACAGUAUCGCAGGAAUUCUCCCAGGUUUAAGUUUGGCCCUUUCACUUCAAAUAGUAUCCCGAGAAAACAGCCGAUAUUUGGCGAAGCUGCCGCUAGUUUCCCCGCCAAAUGACGUCUAAUAAACGAGCACAGAAAUCCAUACUGAUGACGCGUCACUACCCAGAUCUGGGUAGUGCUUCUGACUGGUUGAAUCAAAUUUUUCACGCGGCACGGCCGCGAUUUUAAGUAAUACAAGUUUCUUGAAGGGACUCUCCACAAACAUAACU